CCUGGAAAAGAGAAGACCAAGAGAGGGUGAGAGUAAAGCUUUUAAAAUAUGAGUGAAUAUGCUUCCUUCUGUCACUCUCCUUUAUUGAAAAGACAUCCCGGGCCUCCUCUGAUAGACACCCAGUUCAUAUUUUGGAAGGAUGGGGAUUUUGGACUUUGCUUUGAAGAGAUAUUCAUCCUUAGCCUCUCCUACUCUCUCCUCUCUCUAGUGAGCGCCCUUUACGCUGGACUCUACAGGUCUCGUAACAGGAGACAGAGGCCAUCACUGGGUUUACUAGCUCGUGGUAUCCUCGUUACAAUACUAGGAAUCAACUCCAUCACGAAACUGGUCUCUUCUUUCUUGUUGAUUCCAUCUCUCUCCUACUCUCUCUUUCUUUCUCAGUCCCUCUCAGUGUUAGCAUGGAUCAUUCAUUCUCUCUCUCUUUUUGUUCUCUCUUUCUCUCCUACUCAUACCGGCCUCGGUCCACUGCCCCUUAACCUGACGUGGGGACUCACCCUCCUCUCCACUAUCCUUCGGUUUCGCUCUGUCAUACACUACUUAAACCACGGCUCUACUCUUCCGUCCUACCUCUCGUCCAGUGUUAUUCAAAUCACCACUUACAUUGAGUUUGGGGUCCAAGUAGUCUACGUUUUUUUUUUAUUUGUUCCGGCCGGUAAGCAUCGGUCAAGCCACACCCCUUUAUUAGGCUCCACCCAGUUCCGUCAAGGUGAGGAUGAAGAGGAGAUAUUGGACGAUGGUGAUGAGCUGUUGGUAACGUCACAUGGUAUACAGGAAUAUGGAUCGGUUAGACCACACCCUACUCUGAGACGGUUCCGUUUACCAGAUGCUUCAGAGGAUCGAGCUAAUCCUUUAUCACUUCUCUCCUUUUGGUGGGUACAGCCCCUCAUGAAGAGAGGGUCACUAGGGUUGCUACGACGACCACAGGACCUCCCUCUAAUGCCUAAAGCUUUGUGGACGUCUACCGUUAGAGAAAGAUUUCAAAGGAUUUUUAAUCCCGAUAGGGGCGGAGCUAGGGCUGACACUGAACUAUAUUCUCUCAAAUCAAUGGACAGGCUUUCAGUAUCUCACUCAAGUCAACCAUCUUUAGCAGCAGCUGCUCACAAUACAGCUCCUAAUAAUACUGACCUUCCUCCUCCUCCUCCUCCUCCUCGUCAGAUGUCACUGGUACGUGCUCUUAACCUGUCCUUUGGUCUCCAUUAUUAUCCUCUCGGUAUUAUGAAGCUAGUUAAUGAUGUGAUUGGUUUUGGAGGCCCUUUACUCUUACACCAGCUGGUGGCUUUCAUGGAGAAUAGAACAGAGCCCAUGUCUCACGGCUAUUAUUACGCUCUUGGUCUGUUCUUAAGUACUUUAUUGACGGCAGUUCUCAACGCUCACUUCACAUAUCAAGUAAACAAGGUUUGUAUUAAGAUUCGUGGGUCUCUUGGAUCUUUUGUUGGUGUUACUGGUAAAGUUGGAUCGGGCAAGUCUUCUCUCCUGUCUGCCAUUACAGCAGAGAUGAGGAAGAUAAGAGGAAAAAUUUAUGUGUCUGAUUUGGUCGAAGGGUUUGGAUUGUCUAGCCAGGAGUCAUGGAUACAAUAUGCCACCAUCAAAGAGAACAUACUGUUUGGACUGCCCUAUGAUCCUGAUAGAUAUGCAGCUGUAGUUUAUGCUUGUGCACUAGAAGAGGAUUUAAAGUCAUUACCAGCUGGUGAUCAAACUGAAGUUGGUGAGAACGGAGUGACAUUAAGCGGUGGACAAAAAGCAAGGCUGGCUCUAGCAAGAGCUGUCUAUCAAGAUAAAGAUGUCUACCUGCUGGAUGAUCCAUUAGCAGCUGUAGAUGCUCACGUAGCGUCCCACCUAUACACCCACUGUAUCACCGGACUCCUUAAAAACAAGACAAGGAUCUUGUGUACCCACCACAUCAGGUUCCUCCAGGAAACCGACUGCGUCAUAGUUUUAUCAAAUGGUGGUAUUUCUCUCACUGGAGCACCUGCUACUGUACUGCCUCUUAUAGAAGGGAAUGAGUUUAGACCCAGGAAACUAUCAGGAUCUCACAAACAGGUAACUGAAAGACCAGCUGAGGUGAUUAAAGAAGAAGAUGAGAGUAUGACUGAUGGUCUUGCCAUAAUUUAUUAUUACAUUCAGAAAUAUUAUAGAAGAACAUCCAGGGAACUAAAAAGGCUCUCUACAGUGACUCUGUCUCCGGUCUAUGCUCAUUUUCAAGAGACUCUGACUGGUCUUACGACCAUCAGAGCUCUGAGAGCUACGAAGAGAUUCAUGAAAGAGAACGAGACAAAACUGGACAUGAGCCAAAGAGCAAACUAUGGAAGUUAUGCAGUUGCCCAGUGGUUAAGCAUUAGACUACAGAUGUUGGGCGUGGCUAUGGUAGGGGGUGUGGCUUUUAUUGCCGUCCUAGAGCAUCACUUUGCUGGCUCAGUUGAUCCCGGUCUUGUUGGACUAGCGAUAUCCUAUGCACUCUCAGUCACUAACCUCCUCUCUGGAGUUGUGACGUCUUUUACUGAAACCGAGAAAGAAAUGGUCAGUGUUGAAAGAGCAAUGCAGUAUAUCAGGGGAGCUCCUGUGGAAAGAAAUAAUGAUAAUAAUAAUUCUCCACCCAUUGAUUGGCCAACCAGAGGAGUAAUAGAAUUUCAAAGAGUGGUACUGAAGUACAGGGAAGGACUAGCACCUGCCUUAAAAGGAAUUUCAAUUAAUAUAAGAUCGGCAGAGAAGGUAGGUGUGGUUGGAAGGACAGGUGCCGGUAAAUCGAGUUUGUUUCAAGCUUUGUUUCGUAUGAUUGAUCCGCUUGAAUCAGGAGCCAUCCUCAUUGAUGCCAUUAACAUAUCAACUGUAUCACUUGACAGAUUGAGAUCUUCAAUGGCCAUUAUACCACAAGAUCCUUUCCUGUUCAACGGAACAGUGCAGGAGAACCUUGACCCUUGCAGUAAAUGUUCUGAAUACGAGGUCUGGUCUGCUUUAGAGAGAUGUCACUUAAAGACAGUGAUAGAGGAUUUAGGAGGAUUAGGGGCUUCAGUUGAGGACAGAGGGCGUGUCUUUUCUGUUGGACAGAGACAGCUAAUGUGUCUAACGAGGGCACUUCUCACCAAGUCAAAGAUAAUUUGUAUCGAUGAAGCCACUGCUAGUGUUGACCUCAGCACUGAUGCUCACAUUCAGAAAACCAUCAGAACAGAAUUUGUUACCUCAACAGUCAUCACUAUAGCCCACAGAAUUGAGACAGUUUUAAAUUGUGAUCGUAUUCUUGUGAUGGAGGGAGGGCGUGUCAAAGAGUUUGAUGCACCUGGAGUGUUGCUAGGUGACCCAAACUCAAUCUUCUCUUCACUUUUUAAUGAAUACAAGAACAGGAGAUGAGCAACUAAAAUAUCAGUACUAUUAGCAUUAUUAUCAUUAACAUUAUUAUUAUUAUUGUUAUUAUUAUUGUUAUUAUUAUUGUUCUAUUUUAUUGCAUUAAAAUUAACACUGCAAGUAACACUAUCAGUGUCUAUCAA